GACAUUGCAGACAGAGGAGACACAGAGAACGAGAAAGAGGUGGGCUUGCUGGCUUUGACCUCCAGGACCCAGUGUUUAAGCAGAAGGGAAGCUCAGAUCCAUCUCAGUGCCAAUGAUGAAGAAACUCAGGAGGAAGGACUCUUUAGUUCUUCCGGAACUUUCUGAGAAGGUCAAAGAGCAGCUGGCCGAGGCAGAGCUACGGAAACUGAGGCAGCAGUUCCGAAAGAUGGUAGACAGCCGAAAGUCCUUCAACUUCCGCAACCAGCGUAUGAUCGCCAACCAGUACAAGGAAAUAGAGAAUCUGAAAGCAGAACAGGCAGAGACCACCCUGCUUCUAAGCCUCGUGAAGUCCCCGAAGAACCUGGACAUCAACCAGAAAAAUUUCAUGGAGUUGCGUUUCCUGCUGCAGACCAAGGGGGACUACGAGUCACUUAUCUCCUCCAUGAAGGUGCUGCUGGGAGAACUGGAUGACAAGAUUGUUCAGAUGGAGAGAAAGAUCACGAACCAGAAACAGAUCUUCUUGAAGACACAAGAGGCCAACAACCCCCGGAAGCUGCAGAAACAGAUCCACAUUCUGGAGACCCGGCUGAACCUGGUCACUGUCCACUUUGACACGAUGCUGACCUCCAACGCCCAGCUCCGGAAGGAGAUUGAGGACCUCCUCUUUGAGAAGGCCGCCUACGACCACGUCUACCAGCAGCUCCAGCGGCGUCUGCAGAUGCAGAAGAAGACCAUGAACGUGGCCAUCGAGCAGUCUGCCCAGGCCUACGAGCAGAGAGUAGAAGCCAUGGCUCGGAUGGCUGCCAUGAAGGACCGCCAGCAGAAGGACAUCUCUCAGUACAACCUGGAGAUCCGAGAGCUGGAGCGUCUGUAUGACCACGAGACGAAGCUCAAGUCCUUCCUCCUCGUCAAGCUCAAUGACCGCACCGAAUUCGAGGACCAGGCUAAGAAGCAGGAAGCUGCAGCUGUUAAAUCCAAGAAGCAUGGCAAGAAGAGGAAGGGCGAGAGUUUCGAGAGCUAUGAGGUGGCGCAUCUGCGGCUGCUGAAGCUGGCGGAGAAUGGGGACCUGAACCAGCUCACCGAGGAUUUCCUGGCCAAGGAGGAGAAGAAUUUUGCUCGCUUCACUUAUGUCACCGAGCUCAACAAUGACAUGGAGACCAUGCACAAGAAGACCCAGCGGAUCCAGGAUGACAUCAUCAACCUGCGGUCACAGCAGCAGAUCUCCCACGAGGGCACCCGGAACAUCCUGAAACAGAUGGAGGAGAAACUGAGGAAGACCACCGAGGACGCGGACGUUUUUGAGAGCAAAUACAAGGAGAUGAAUAAGACCCUGGAGUAUCUCAAGAACUCGGUGGAGAAGCUGUUUAAGAAGAUAAACUGCGAUGCCACCGAGAUCCUGGGCAAGCUGGGCGAGACUGGGAAGAUCACGGACAUCAACCUUCAGCAAUACUUUGCUAUCAUAGAAAAGAAGACAAAUGACCUGCUGCUUCUGGAGUCCUUCCGGCGCCUGCAGGAGUUGGAGGGGACUGAUGCUGAUGUCCCACAGCCCUUUGUCAACCCCUUCUGGGGUGGCUCUGCCCUCCUCAAGCCCCCAGAGCCUUCAAGGGUUGUGCCACCUGUGUUUGGGGCAGACUCCUUCAGUGACAAACUUGAAGAGGUGGACUAUCCUCUGGACCACAGUAGCCUCCGGCAGCUGGUCUUGGAGAACUACCUUCAGAGGGAGCGCGGAAAAGAACUACAGGACACCAUAUCGGAGAAGGGGGAUGAGAUAAGGCUCAAGAAGAUGAGGUGAUAGGCUGAGACUCGUGGGUGGCUGUUUUCCACACUAGAGAGAAUAAAUGUUUUCUUGCUGAG